GUGAGGUUCAUGUAAGUUUAUAGCAGUUCACAUGCAAACAACCUCUCAGUACAGUUAGGCUCCAAAGAGUAUUUAGCUUGUAAUGAAAUACCUACAUGUGGACCAUAUUUACAAAUGAAAUAUGUGCUAGCAUACUUGGAGAACGUCAGUUUUACGAAGUUAUUUUUAUUAACCUAAGGAGUUUACCAGAACAAAGGAUGAGUCAAGCUGAAUAGUUUUCAAAGGAGAACUUCAGAUAUUUUAGGCUACAAGUCAGUAAACUUUGCUUACGUAGCUGGCUCCAUUCAUUCUCUGAAGCCAAUCACUUGCCCCGUGGUGGCUGAUAAGAAUUUAACAGCUUGUAGAGGUGGAGUGUCUGGAUCCUUAGCACUGAACACAUUCCCAGGCAUAUCAGUAGCCUCUGUCCAUCAUCCAUGCUGGAAGCUAUUUGGAAAAGGAGAAAUAGAAAUCGGGGAAGGGAAAUCAUGCAUCAUCAUCCUGGCUGGAAUGUGCGGAAGACUUUAUGCUGUUUUCAUCAUGUGGAUUCGCUAGAGAAAUGACCUUCUUUGAUCAGCCAGGUAAAAUCAAAAACUUGUUUAUUUGCUGCCUCUGCUCCCCACGGGUGCUGAGGCUGUGGACCUGCAGGCGACCGAGGACAAGGAGGAAUCUGCUGGUGGGCACUGCUUGUGUGAUCUACCUGGGGUUCCUUGUCAGUCAAGUGGGUCACGUUUUACCCCAGCACAAAGGAGGACACCAAAAACUCAGUUCCAGAAGUCUCCAAGAUGCAGCUCAAACUCCUUUUCUGGGCAUCCCACUGGAUGGCACCCUGUCACCACCCAGCUUCCAGGAACCCCAGCUUGGCGGCAAUGGGACCUCGGUGCCACCCAACGUAGUUUAUAUCACCCUGCGGUCCAAGCGCAGCAAGCCUGCCAACAUCAGAGGCACGGUGAAGCCAAAGCGCAGGAAGAAACAUGCAAUCCCUUUGUCCUAUGGGCAGCACUUUCCAAAAGCUGCUUUCACUGGCCAGGAAGAGACCUUUGUCCAGCAGCUGGGGAGGGCCACACGUGCUGCAGGUGCAAAGGGAGCAGCAAUAGCUCCGCAGGCAGGAAAGCACCACCUGGAUGAACACAGGCAGAAAGAAAUGGCAAUCGGGAAGCGAGGUCACCAGAGACCUGGGGGGAUUUCUGGAGGUCUAAAGGCACAACACCAGGCUGAGGAGAGCAAUAUCAGGAUUUACAGCGAGAGCUCUCCGUCUUGGCUGAGCAAAGAAGAUAUCCUAAGCAUGCGUAUGCUGGCAGAUUCUCCAAUAGAGAGCAUCCAAGAAGUGCCUUCUCAGAAAGCAGUCCUGGUAGUAUUUGAGAGGGGUCCCAGCACCACAGAAGCUGCUUGUAAUCGAGGGCACUGUGGCAUCAUCAAAAGACCUCUUGACAUGAGUGAAGUGUUUGCCUUUCAUUUGGAUAGGAUCUUGGGGCUAAACAGGAGCUUACCUUCUGUAAGCAGGAAGUCGGAGUUCUUCCAAGCCGGUCAAGCCUGUCCUGUUAUUCUCUGGGAUUCCUCACUGAGUCCAACAGAUAACAAUACCCAUUCUUCAGUGAGAUUAACCUGGGGGAGAUAUCAGCAACUAUUGAAGCAGAAAUGCUGGCAGAAUGGUAAAGUUCCCAAAGCUGAGUGGGGCUGUACUGAAAUCCACCAUCAUGAAUGGUCCAAGAUGGCACUCUUUGAUUUUCUUCUGCAGAUCUAUAACCGGCUAGACAGAAACUGCUGCGGAUUCAAACCUCUGAAGGAAGAUUCCUGCGUGCAGCAAGGUCUGACGCUGAAAUGCAGCGAUCAGGAUGCUGUCGACCUGACACACAUAGUGCAGAGAAGGCAUGACCGAAGGCACUUGGCCUUUAUAGACAAUAAUGGUUUCUUUGACAGAAGCGAGGACAAUCUUGACUUCAAAAUACUGCAAGGAAUCAAUGAAUUUCCUGAAUCUGCAGUUUCAGUGCUGAGGAGCCAGCGUUUACGGGAGAAGUUGCUUCAGUCUUUGUUCCUUGACAAAGUAUACUGGGAGAGCCAAGGAGGCAGGAAAGGAAUUGAAAAGCUUAUUGAUGUAAUAGAAAGGAGGUCCAAAAUUCUUCUUACUUAUAUAAAUGCACAUGGAGCCAAAGUAUUGCCCAUGAAUGAAUGAGCUUCUGAGGGACAGGCUUUAAAAAAUUUUGUGAGGCAAAACUGACAGUUAAAUUGAUUUACUUCAUAGGCUUAUUUAAUUUUUAUUUUUCCAAACUUUCAAGUUUAUUUUUAAAUAAGAAGUCUUGAAUGGUUUAAAAGCAUCAUUUAAAUGUCAGCUGCAGCUCAACACAGUGAGGUUCUAUGUCACCAGUGAAAUGAAAUGAAAAAAAAUCAAAUAGUACAAUAAAUGAUAUAGUAAUGUGCAUGCACCACGAACACUCCUUCUGUUAAUAUGCUUCAGAAUUAGCAACAGUAUUUUCAGUACAUUAGUCUGGAUUACUCUUACUCUCAUCAUUCAAGUCAGUAAAAGUUUUAUUGCAAAUUUAAAUGGGAACAGAGAUUUUAGGCACUUAACACAUCACUGAAAACUGCCAUCGUAUCUACAUAGUGAAACAUACUUAGUACAGGAAUUUAUCUUUUUGAUUAAGAACACUAAAAUUCCAACAUUUCCAAAUGUAUUUUAUUUUGAUCUUUUGAAAUCUAAGGACUAGAUUCAACUCUUUUAAAUGCAAUCCAAUAUUUCUAUUGGAUGUGAAUAAAAUUUAGAUUCACAACAAGGAGAGCAUGGCUUUAACAAUAAUAAUUAAUUUGACAAAUGCAGUUUUUCCCUGUACAGUAUGGAGUACACUUUGUCAUGAGUCAUUUGUUACAACAUACUAUUUUCAGUAUGGAUUGGUUUGAUGUGUGGAUGGAUUGUCUGAUAUUUCUAUUGAUUAACUGGGUGUUACUCACAGAAUCAUCCUUUAGUACUACCAUUUCUUUUUUAGCUAUUUAGCUUUAGCUUUGUGAAAAUAUUUUGCUAAAGUAAGUAUACACAUUUUGUUUUUGCAAUGUUCUUUACAUGAUUUUUUAGAAUACUAAUGAAAGGCAGAUGCAAUAAUGAUGUGAGCAUUGUUAAAAUCAGAACAGAAAAUGUUGUUUGUGCUGCUUGCUCAGCUCUUGCCAGCAAUUCAGGCUCAGGUUUUCUGUUAAGACUGACCAUUGUGGGGUGAUGAUUCCAGCUGAUGACUUGCCCCAAGUUUUCAUACAGGUAAGGUUGUUAGGCUUGGACAAGCACUUUAGAUUCUUAGCCUCAAUCUGUUCCAGCAAAUACUCUGUUACAAAUCAACUGAUAUAGUCUGUCCUCACAUAUACUUUCUACCUGUCUGUUUAAUAAGGUUCUUACUGUCUUUCUAAACGAAUAUCUAUUAUCUUUUUGCCAUGAGAUGAUGGCAGAAGUUGAAUGGUUUCAUAGCUACUCUUGUCUUCAUGUAUAGUAAAAAAAACAUAGUGUGUAUAACAUUUAAAAAAAUGAAAGUGCUUGUAUAAUAUUAUUGUUUGUCAUUAUGAGAAACUAAAAUGUUUAAUAUUCAUCUUAAUGUGGGUGAAUUUAAUGUCUUAAAUAACUACAAUUCCACUGCAGCUAAAACAGAUUUUCAUUCUUAUUAUCAAAAGAGCUAUUAACAAGAAUUGCAUUACUAGAAGAAAUAGAUCUCAUUAAGAGCUUGGUCAUCUAAAUAAUCUUUUAUUUUCUGUCAGUAAAGGGCAGAUACAUUUGUAAAAACUUCCUAGAACUUACCAAUUACCUUGAGAGGCCAUGUUUUAGAGUGCCUUGGACUUUUUGAUUGCACCAAAGUAGAAUUGUAUAGGGCUUUCAUAUUAUCCCUUUCUUGAAAUGUUGUAACAAAUUAGCCAGGUAAUUUCUGUCACAGAAAUAAAGAUGUUACUGUAGCUUGCAUUUUGACCUGAGCCUAGAGAAAAAAAAUAAUCUCUCAAUCCAUUUCACAUGGAAUUCCUGUUGCAUUUAUCAUGAAUUUCAGUCUUUGGUGACCGUUACAAUCAAUUUGUCCUAUUUUCUAGCCUAUCUCACAGUUUUCUUCCUGCUAUAUACAUGUUCAAUUGGAUUAUCACACUCUGCUGGGAGUGAAAAUUAUGACUUUCACCUGCACUGAACUUAGAAGAGGAACAAGGGAAGAUAUAGCAGUGUACCUGAUCAUGAAAAAUGUCCCAUGAGUACUUUGUCUUCUAGCUUCUCUUCUUCUGCCUCUAAGACUACACAUUCAGAGCACUUCUUCCAUGAAGACAGGUGGAGAGAACUGGUGUUGUUCAACCUGGAGAAGAGAAGGCUUCAGGGAAACCUUAUAGCGGCCUUCCAGUACAUAAUGGGGGCUUACAGGAAAGCUGGGGUCAGGGAGUUUUGGUCAGGGAGUGUAGUGAUAGGGCAAGGGGUUUUAACAAGUAGUUUUGACAGGUAGUGAUAGGACAUGGGCUUUAAACUAAAUGGACUAAACUAAAUAGACUUAGAUUAAAUAUUAAGAAGAAAAUAUUUACUGUGAGGGUGGUCAAGCACAGGCACAGGCUGCCCAGAGAAGCUGUGGAUGCUCCAUUCCUGGAGAUAUUCAAGGCCAGGCUAGAUGGGGCUUUGAGCAUCCUGGUCUGGUGGGAGGUGUCUCUGCCCAUGUCAGGGGGGUUGGAAUUAUAUGAUCCUCAAGGUCCCUUCCAACCCAGACCAUUCUAUGAUUCUGUGAUCCUGAUGCAAAGUCAUUGACUCAUAAUAACCUUUUUUUUUUUUUUCUUUUUCCAGAGUUGAACAUUACCCAAGAAUAGAAAGAUGUCAAGUGUUUUUUUAUCUUUUCAGGUUAUAUAUUCUUCUCUAUUUCUUCUAGACAUGGACUAGUGUUCCUUGAGUAUGAUAUGGACUUUUUUUAUUUGACUAGCAAUAAAUGCCAGUUCUUAAAACAACAGUGUAAUUGCCACGGAGUGAGUAAUUGCCCUGAAGCUAUGCUUAGAGCAAAGUUCUUUGGUAGUCUUGAGCUUAAGAGGCCCAAGUAACAAUGGUGCUGUCCUUAACAGUAUGACCAAGUUAUGAAAAAACAUAGUUGUAAAGACGGGAUCUUGUGGAGAUUGUGGAGAUGAGGAGAUGGAUGCUGCAGAUGAAUUGCCUUUGGAAAGGAAUGGUGUUUUUUACUUUUUUUUUUUUUUUUUUUUUUUUUUUUUUUUUUUUGUGGCAGAGGCAUAGAGACCAACUUGUAAUUAGAGCUAAUCUGCAGGGCAGAAUGAUGCCUAGAUUUUGUGGAAAGUACAAGGGGAUGGACAGUUGUCUCACCCUCUAUCCUAUAUGGACCAGAGAGGCAUAUAAUGUCUUUUCAGAACUUCUGCAGGCACCCAUGAGCCCAGGAUGAAUGGCCAGGGCAAGCUGAACUGUGUCAGUGCUGCACAUAUUGCCCUUUCCAAGGACCAGGGAGUACUUCUUUCUCUGAAACUCUGACUUUGGGUCUAGGACAAGGCAUUCUGUGCAUGCUGCAUCCUACUCUCACCUUAUGAUCAUGCCUUAGCAUUACAGUAUGCGUAGCUGGAAGCCUUGCUGUGUCUGCUGUAUAAAAAAGUUGUAUUUCCUACUCCUACAAACACUCUUGUUGUCUUCAGGAAGUCGGGAGAGACUUGCUGAGGCUGUCAUUGGGACUGGACUGUAAAAUGUUUUGAAUUUAAUAAUGUUGAUAACAAACUUCAGAAAGUGCCUUUCUUUAUGAUGUUUAUCCUGUUGCGACAUAGCUUGGUACUUGAAUCCAGUACUGCUAAUAAUACAAAGUAUGAUUGCUAUAGUGCUUAUAAGUACAUACUAGCCAAGUUCUAAUUUUAUUUUAUUUUAUUUUAUUUUAUUUUAUUUUAUUUUAUUUUAUUUUAUUUUAUUUAUUUUUUUACUCAAGUGGAGAAUUCUCUACUUUUUGAGUGCAUUUACAUAAAUGCUCCAGUAAAAAGUACAGUAGAAGAACUUUAUUCACUGCUACGAUAUUCAAGAUACCUGCUCACCCCUCGGUAACAGGAGUAAAGUGUAUUGAAAAAUUAGUCCAUUUCCUUGUAAAACAGCAUGACGUUGGACUGACAUUCCAGUACAGAAGCCUAAAUAAUCAUAGAAUCAUAGAAUAUCUCAAGCUGAAAGGGACCCACAAGGAUCAUCAAGUCCAACUCAUGGCACCACACAGGUCUACCCAAAAAUUCAGACCACGUGACUAACUACACAGUCCAAAUGCUUCUUAAACUCCAACAGGCUUGGUGCAGUGACUCUGUCGUUACCUGUCCUUCAUCUACAUUUUUCAGAGGUGUAUUAACAGACAGGAAAAAAAAUGAACAGGCCUUGCUCUAUCUAUGGUGGUGAUCAACAGAAAGCCAAGAAACUGGGCUUUAGUCAUCUUUGCUGGGCUGCCUUCCAUUUAUGGGCAUAUGGGAUCAGACAGAUUCAUGUUGCACAUUACUCGGAAGGGUGUAACCAACAGCAACAGUCCAAAAUCUGUGGGUGGGAAAAGAAGAUUAUGUCAUUCUUGAAUCUGCCUGAAAGCCAGAACCACAUAAAAUGUAAUUACUAAGAAAGUCAAGAGGGUUUGCUGAUUUCAUAACAUUGGAAGACAGAGCUUAAAAUAAGUAGCACAGGCACAGAUGCCUUGAAAUUCCUCAGGAGCUUGCCAGCAAGUUAAUAAUCCUAAACGUUUCAGAAGCUGAGGACAUGAAAACUUUUGUGGAGCACUGUGAGAGCAACUUCCCUCUUUUCUAUAUAUAUAUAUUUAUAUAUUAUAUAUAUAUAUAUAUUCUAUAUUCUAUAAUGCACUGUAUUAAAGAAAAGUAAAUUCCAUGGUUUUAAAAAUGGAAAUACAUAUUUAGGGUACAUUAAAGGACAAGCUUCCAGUAGCAAUUCUGGGAACGCUUUCCUGCAUGUGUGUGUAUGCAAAUAUGAGCAUACAUAUAUGUGUAUAUAAUAUACUUUAGCUUUUUUUUUUUUUUUCCUACAACGUGCACUCAGUUUGGGUCAUACAGAGUGAAUUGUUUAUGUAAUUUGCUGUUUACAUGUAGAAUUUUAUUGUUUGUGAACAUAAAUUCAAUUUUGGGUAUAUGCAAGUUGAAGUUUAAACAUAACUUUAUUAUGGAUGCAACGUUUGUUCUCAAAGCAUUAACCCUUCCCUUGCUAAUGCAUCUAUAUAGUAUAAAAAGUUUUCUCCUUACAAUUGUACCAAAAAAGAGCAAUGUUUGUAUCUGCAUUAAACUGCCAGACAACAGAGUGAUAGCAAAUCUGAGGGGUUUUAAUGGGUUUUACAUUACAUACUGAAUUUCCAUUUGAAACUUGUGCAUUUUAAAAACCAACUUGUUUGUCCUUUUAUAGUAACAGUAAAGGCAUUAUCACAAGCAAUGGA